AUGGUUUCCUUUCUUGCUCUAGGUUUUUCGACAAUCGUCGCGGGUGCGGCUAUCCAGCAGCGCGAUCCUGUUCCAGCUGGAUAUGUUGCGGCACCCUACUACCCGUCUCCGCAUGGAGGAUGGACAUCCGACUGGACUGAGAGCUACCGAAAAGCGUCUUUGCUUGUCUCGAAUAUGACACUUGCUGAGAAGACCAAUCUCACAGCUGGCAGUGGAAUCUUCAUGGGAAGAUGCGUGGGAAAUACAGGCAGCGCAUUGAGAGUCGGCAUCCCUCAACUGUGCUUGCAAGAUGGGCCUCUAGGUGUAAGAAACACGGACCAUAAUACUGCAUUUCCUGCCGGAAUUACCGUUGGAGCCACAUGGGACAAGGAUCUCCUUUACCGCCGUGGAGUUGCGAUUGGUGAAGAGUUCCGUGGCAAGGGAGUCAACGUACACCUCGGACCGUCAGUCGGACCCCUAGGUCGCAAACCACGUGGCGGUAGAAACUGGGAAGGUUUUGGUUCAGAUCCGGUUCUUCAGGCGUUUGGUGGAGCUCUUUCCAUUGAAGGCAUUCAGAGCACUGGUGUCAUAGCCACAAUCAAGCAUCUGAUUGCGAACGAACAGGAAGAGUACCGCAUGUACAACCUGGUCAAACCUGGUAUCUCUUCCAAUCUGGACGAUCGCACUCUUCAUGAGCUCUAUCUUUGGCCGUUCGCUGAGGGCGUACGGUCUGGCGUUGGUUCGGUGAUGAUCGCUUACAACGCUGUCAACGGAAGUGCAUGCUCACAGAACAGCUACUUGAUCAACGGCAUCUUGAAGGACGAGCUUGGCUUCCAAGGCUUCGUCAUGUCUGACUGGUUGGCUCAAAUCUCCGGCGUUCCUUCAGCUCUCGCUGGUUUAGACAUGUCCAUGCCUGGCGACAUCCACACUAUUCCCCUUUUCGGAAACUCUUACUGGAUGUACGAGCAGACGCGUUCAGUUCUCAACGGGUCUCUGCCGUUGGACCGCUUGAAUGAUGCAGUAACACGAAUUCUCGCUGCCUAUUUCAAGAUGGGCCAGGACCAGGGGUACCCACGACCAAACUUUGAUACUAACACUCAAAAUGCUGAAGGCCCUCUCUACCCUGGCGCUCUCAUCUCACCCCAAGGUGUUGUGAACGAGUUCGUGGAUGUACAGGCCAAUCAUGCAGAGGUCGCUCGUGAAGUAGCUCGCUCUGCCAUCACGCUCUUGAAGAACCAGGAUGGAUUGUUGCCUCUGUCUCCCAAUGGCACACUGAAGGUGUUUGGCACCGAUGCUGAGAAGAACCCAGAUGGAAUCAACUCGUGUGCGGACCAAGGCUGCAACAAAGGUACGUUAGGAAUGGGAUGGGGCUCCGGCUCGGCGAGAUACCCUUAUAUGAACAGCCCGAUUGAUGGCUUCAAGACUCGCGGGGCCAACUACCAGUUCUUCAACACGGAUGCUUUUCCAGGAAACUCGAACCCAUCACCGAACGAUACUGCAGUUGUCUUCGUUACCGCUGAUUCUGGUGAGAACUACAUUACCGUAGAGAACAAUCCCGGAGACCGGACCUCUUCGAACCUCAACUUGUGGCACAACGGUGACAAGCUCAUCAAGGACGUAGCUGCCGAAUAUUCCAACGUUAUUGUCGUAGUACAUACCGUUGGCCCAAUUCUCAUGGAUCAAUGGCACGACCUGCCUUCCGUCAAAGCAGUCCUGUUCGCUCACCUGCCUGGCCAAGAAGCCGGAGACUCACUAAUGCAAGUUCUCUUCGGGGACGUCUCUCCAUCCGGUCAUUUACCGUACACUCUACCAAACUCCGAGGAUGACUACCCAGAAUCUUUGAGCCUCGUCGGAUAUCAGAUUGGGCAGCCACAGGAUACCUUUACAGAGGGCCUGUACAUUGACUACCGUCACUUCCACAAAGCCAACAUUACACCCCGCUAUGCUUUCGGUCACGGUCUCGGCUACACCACGUUCUCUUUUUCCAACGCGACCAUUACGCCAGUGACUCCGCUUACAGCAACGCCUCCAGCUCGUCCCGCGAAAGGCGAAACACCCACCUAUUCCACCGCCAUUCCUCCAGCUUCAGAGGCAUAUUGGCCAGAAAACUUCAACCGCAUCUGGCGAUACCUCUACUCCUGGCUCGAGAAGAACGAUGCCGACGCUGCAGCUAAGAUCGGCAACUCAACGACCAAGUAUCCAUAUCCAGCCGGUUACUCGAACGACCAGAAAGUUGGUCCUGUAGCUGGUGGCGCACAGGGCGGAAACCCCGCAUUAUUCGACACGGCAUUCGACAUCACCGUCAGCGUAACCAACACGGGUAACCGCGUGGGUAAAGCUGUCGCACAACUCUACGUCCAGUUCCCGAGUGAAGUCACUAUUGACACACCUGUCAUCCAGCUCCGGGAUUUUGAAAAGACGAGGGAGUUAGAGGCCGGAGCUAGUCAGACGCUGAGCAUGAGAGUGACGCGUAAAGAUCUCAGUGUCUGGGAUGUUGUAUCACAGAACUGGGUUGUUCCUGCUGUGGAUGGAGACUAUGGGGUUUGGAUUGGUGCCAUGUCCAACGGCGUGCGCAAUCUACGCGCAAUGUUUGAGAACGGAAACGCCGCUGCCUCGCCUGAGCCCCGCGGCCGCUCCCCUACAGACAAUGCAGCUGCGACCGACGCUCAAGAACGCCCCAAGUCAAAGGUGCGCGCUUCCUUUGUCUCCGUCGAGCCUACCGGCGCCCAUCCCCCAACCGCCUCGACCGACCUGGGCCAGACCAAGGGCACGCCCUCGAAUAGCGUCGCCGCGACCCGACGAGAGAGCUUCCGCGUGAGCCAGGACAAACCCGACGAGCUUGCUGAGCUCAAAAAAGCCGUCAGCGAGGAGAAGGAACAGCGCAGACAGAGCGUCGCCAUCCCGGAAGCUGUUCCAGAACAGGCUGUCGCAUCGCAAGAAUCCUCAUUACCAGCUCCGCCUAUGCACGCCGACUCGACCGCCGACAUGGUCAACCUGGGCGCCAUCAUGAAGGGCUCCGACUUUCCCGACUCUGCUUUUGCAGCCGCCAAGCAGGAGGCAGCCGUCGUCGUGCCAGCUCCUGAGAUUGACCAAAUCCCAGUCGACGAGACUCCAGUCGAGACCAAAGAGAGUGUCGCUGAGGCCGACCCAGUCCCCGAGCCAGAGCCAGCUCCCGCCCAGCCUGCAGAGAACCCAGACAAAGCUACUACAGGCGCGCAGGAAGACGUUGCGCUCAAGCCUGCAGUCCCCACCGAAGAAGCUGUUGUAGAGGAGAGCAAGCCUGCGCUGGAGGAAGCUGCCGUCGACGAUGACGUUGUUGUUGCUAAGGAAAACGCCAUUGCGGAGGAAGCCGCUGUUGUCGAAGAAGCUGCCAUCGCAGAGGAGGUUGCUGGCGAAAAGGAAGCUGCCGCCGCGAACCAAGAGCUAUCCGCCCCUGCUCCAGCCACUGCCCAACCUGCUGAGAACCCAGACAAGCAUGUGACCGGAGUUCAGGAAGAGCUUGCCCUACGGCCAGCAGCGCCCACUGAGGAGACUGCGGUCUCCGACGCGCCUACUACUCCUUCUGCGCCUACAGAGGUCGCAGCUUCGAGCGAUGAACCUGCUGCGGAACCUGCUGUACCGGCUGAGAGCAAAGCAAAGGACGAUGGAUCUCCUGCGGCUAAGAAGUCGGAGCUGAAGAAGCCUGCCGCAAUUUCUACCACCGAAUCUACCAAAGCACCUGCCGCACCCGCCAAAAGCCCACUACCUAAAGCUGCACCGAAAACCCCUACCAAGGCCAAGACACCUGCCUCCAUUCCGAAGCCUAGCCCGGCAAAGACUACGAGGCCGGCAGCUGCGCCAAAGCCAACAGCUCCCAAGGAGCCAGUCAAAGCGCCCACCGCCAAACCUCCUGUAACGAAAGCUCCGGCGGCCAAGGUUCCUACAGCAAAGACGAGCCGCACUUCUCUGCGACCAGCAGCAUCAUCCUCUUCAGCUACAGCGCCUAACACCACUGCCGCAGCUAAAGCUAAGCCUGCUGCUGCACCUGGCGAGAACAAGAAGCCUGCAAUCCCCAAGCCAACCACCUCCGCCCCACGUAAAAGCACCUCACCAACUGGCUUCAAGAAGCCAACCCCGAAGUCGCCUACCCGUCCAGUCGGCCUGCCAUCUCGUCUGACCGCGCCCACCGCUGCCUCAGCUGCCAAACAUGGCGAGGAGCCCAAGGUCACACGCAAGCCGUCCACUACAACCCGUGCUGCACCACCAAAGACUGCGGCACCAAAAACCUCACGAACGUCCCUCGCACCCAGCGCGCCCAAGCGACCUGAAUCACGUACCUCAACUGCAAGCGCUGCGCCUAAAGGGGGAUUCCUUGAGCGUAUGAUGCGACCAACAGCUGCCAGCUCCAGCAAGACACACGACAAGCCCCAUGAGAAGGCUUCGUCUCCACCCCGUAAAGCUCCAGCAGCCUCUAAGCCUAGUACUCUACAGAAAGGAAAGAAGAAGGUGGAAGAGGUCGCAGCCAAGGCAAAGGAAGUCGUAACGAACGGACACUCUGAAGAGCACAAGGCUGAGGAUGAGCCUGCAAAGGAAGCCGAGCAUUCUGAGCAGGCACCUGAAGAGGCUACCAUCAAUGAGACACCAGAAGAACCAGAGAAGGCAGCCACUCCAGUCCAAGAUGUAGAAUCAUCGGUCGCAGAGAUUCAGACACCAAACUUCCAGGAGGAGACCAUCCGGUUAGAGCAGGCCAAGGAUGACCCAUCUACCUUGACGCAAGAGAAGAUUGUCGAGAACCUAGACCCUGUCGAAUGGGAGCGACUAUCGAGAGUACGAAACAUUGGCAUCGCAGCACACAUCGACUCUGGAAAGACGACCGCCACCGAACGCGUCCUCUUCUACACCGGCCGAAUCAACGCUAUACACGAAGUCCGAGGCAAAGAUGCCGUGGGUGCGAAGAUGGACUCUAUGGAUCUCGAGCGUGAGAAGGGUAUCACUAUCCAGUCCGCUGCGACUUUCUGUGAUUGGAUCAAGAAGAAUGACGAAGGCAAGGAGGAGAAAUACCACAUCAAUUUGAUCGAUACACCCGGCCAUAUCGACUUUACCAUCGAGGUGGAGAGAGCGCUGCGCGUCCUGGAUGGAGCUGUCAUGAUUCUUUGUGCUGUUAGUGGUGUGCAGAGUCAAACCAUCACCGUCGACAGGCAGAUGAGGCGAUACAAUAUUCCUAGAAUUUCUUUCGUGAACAAGAUGGACCGUAUGGGCGCCAACCCAUGGAAGGCUGUCGACCAGAUUAACCAGAAGCUUCGCAUUCCUGCUGCGGCCCUCCAAGUACCCAUUGGACGUGAGGACGGCUUUUUGGGCGUCGUAGAUCUGGUCAGGAUGAAGGCGAUUUACAACGAAGGACCCAAGGGUGAAAUUAUUCGGGAGACGGACGAAAUUCCUACGGACAUCAUUGAGCUCUGCAAGGAGAAGAGACAAAAGCUCAUCGAGACACUUGCCGACGUCGAUGACGAGAUGGCAGAGCUCUUCUUGGACGAGCAGGAACCAACGAUCCCCCAGAUCAAGGCUGCAAUUCGACGAGCUACCAUUUCUCUCAAGUUCACCCCAGUCAUGAUGGGUUCAGCACUUGCAGACAAGUCUGUCCAACCGAUGCUCGACGCCGUUUGCGAUUACCUACCGAACCCUUCCGAAGUCGAGAACAUGGCAUUGGACAAGAAGCGAGCGGAAGCUCCGGUCAAGCUGGUCUCUUACAACUCAUUGCCAUUUGUUGGUUUGGCUUUCAAGUUGGAAGAGAGCAGUUUUGGACAAUUGACGUACAUCCGUGUGUACCAGGGUACCUUGAAAAAGGGCAUGAACGUAUUCAACGCGAGGUCGGACAAGAAGGUUAGGAUUCCAAAGAUUGUGCGCAUGCACUCCAACGAUAUGGAGGAGAUUCCCGAGAUUGGCGCUGGAGAAAUCUGCGCUGUGUUCGGUGUCGACUGCGCGUCUGGCGAUACCUUCACUGAUGGUGGCCUCGGAUACACUAUGACCUCCAUGUUCGUCCCCGAACCCGUCAUCUCGCUGUCAAUCAAGCCCAAGCACACCAAGGACACACCAAACUUCAGCAAAGCUAUGAGCCGAUUCACGCGCGAAGACCCUACUUUCCGAGUCCACACCGAUACCGAAUCGCAAGAGACCAUUAUUUCUGGUAUGGGAGAAUUGCAUCUCGAUAUCUACGUGGAGCGCAUGCGCCGUGAAUACCGCGUCGAGUGCGAGACUGGACAACCACAAGUCGCUUACCGCGAGACAAUUACCAAGCGCGUCAACUUUGACCACACACUCAAGAAGCAGAGUGGUGGAUCGGGAGACUUCGCCCGUGUAGUAGGCUGGAUGGAGCCGAGCGAAGCCCUAGGCGAGAACAAGUUCGAGCAGCAAAUUUCUGGUGGCACGAUUUCCGAAAAGUUCCUCUUUGCCUGUGAAAAGGGUUUCAUGGCCUCAACAGCCAAGGGACCACUUCUCGGCCACAAGGUCCUGGGUACUUCCAUGGUCAUCAACGACGGAGCUACCCACGCUGUCGAUUCCUCGGAAAUGGCUUUCAAGAAUGCUACACAACAGGCUUUCCGCAAAGCCUUCCAAGCUGGUGCGCCACAGGUCCUCGAACCGCUUAUGAAGACCACCAUCACCGCGCCCAACGAGUUCCAGGGUUCCGUUGUUGGUCUGCUGAACAAGCGUAACGCUGUUAUCAACGAUACGGAGAUUGGUCCUGAGGACUUUACCGUCUACGCGGAUUGCAGUUUGAACAGCAUGUUUGGCUUCAGUAGUCAGUUGCGUGCUAGUACGCAGGGUAAGGGAGAGUUCAGCAUGGAAUUCAGCCAUUACAGUCCUGCGCCGCCACAGUUGCAGAAGGAGCUCGUGGCUAAGUACGAAAAAGAACAAAAGGACAAGAAUGCUUGA